GCGCGCCGUAGAGGGCUCCGUGCAUUGCCAUAGAAACCCGUGAGCGCUGAGGGGCGAGCGGCUGAGACUCCGGCGUCCUGAGGACCAGAGCGCCAUGUCUUUCCGCGACCUCCGCAACUUUACAGAGAUGAUGAGAGCCUUGGGAUACCCUCGACAUAUUUCUAUGGAAAAUUUCCGCACACCAAAUUUCGGACUUGUAUCUGAAGUGCUUCUCUGGCUUGUGAAAAGGUAUGAACCUCAGACUGACAUCCCUUCUGAUGUUGAGACUGAACAAGACCGAGUUUUCUUCAUUAAGGCAAUUGCCCAGUUCAUGGCCACUAAGGCACAUAUAAAACUCAAUACUAAGAAGCUUUAUCAAGCAGACGGGUAUGCAGUGAAAGAACUAUUGAAGAUCACCUCUGUCCUUUAUAAUGCUAUGAAGACCAAAGGGAUGGAGGACUCUAAGAUAGGAGAGGAAGAUAUCAGCAAAUUCAAGUUUGACCUUAGCUCAAAGAUUGCAGAUUUGAAAGCAGCCAGGCAGCUUGCUUCUGAAAUCACUUCCAAGGGAGCAUCUCUAUAUGACUUGCUGGGCAAGGAGGUGGAGUUGAGGGAACUGAGAACAGAAGCAAUUGCCAGACCUCUGGAAAUAAAUGAGACUGAAAAAGUGAUGAGAAUUGCAAUAAAAGAUAUUUUGGUGCAGGUUCAGAAGACGAAAGACCUGCUCAAUAAUGUGGCCUCUGAUGAAGCUAACCUAGAAGCCAAAAUUGACAAGAGGAAAUUAGAGCUGGAAAGAAAUCGGAAGCGACUCCAGACUCUGCAGAGUGUCAGGCCAGCCUUUAUGGAUGAGUAUGAGAAGACUGAGGACGAAUUGCAAAAGCAGUAUGACAUUUAUCUAGAGAAAUUUCGAAAUCUGGCUUAUCUGGAACAGCAACUUGAGGAUCAUCACAGGAUGGAGCAAGAGAGGUUUGAGGAAGCUGAAAACACUCUCCGUCUGAUGCAGAACAAGCUAAAGGAGGAAGAAAAGCGACUGCUCAAGAGCAGAAGUCGGCCAGGAGUGCCUGAAGCAGCCCUAAGUGAUAAGCCUGCAUGGAGUUUAUCCCCUUCCGAGAGGCCCAGCACAGGUAAUGAUGACUCCGACAUUGACAUCCAGGAGGACGAUGAAUCCGACAGUGAACUAGAAGAGAGACGGCUGUCCAAGCCACGGACAGCCAUGGAGGCGCUCUUGCAAGGACGACCCAGCAAACGCGUCGUGGGCACAAUGCAAGGUGGAGACUCGGACGACGACGAAGACUCAGAGGACAGUGAGAUUGACAUGGAGGAUGAUGAAGACGACGACGAUUUGGAGGACGAGAGCAUUGCUCUCUCACCAGCUAAGCCCAGUCAAAGAGUCCGGAAACCUGAGCCCCUGGAUGAGAGUGACAAUGACUUCUGACCUUCUUGCCAAGGGACCCAGGCAGAUUAAAACCCUCAGAUUUGUAGGUAAAGGGGAAAUUAAAGGGUCAGAAGGAAAUAGGCAUUUUGUUGGAUAAGCCAGCAGGACUCAUUGUUAAUGAAGCAAAACCCAUUUCAGCUUUAGCCUCCUAUGUGUUACUCUACACACUCCAAAGCUUAAACAAGAACCGGAGCAAACCCCAAAGAUGAUUUUUUUCCCUUAUCUAUCUCCUAAAACUUGGGAAAUGCAUGUGUUCUUAGUGAUUCACAUCCACAGGACAAAAACUUGAGAAAUAACAGCCAACGCUGUGUAAGUCUUGCCUGUUAUUUUUGUUACACUUUUCCUCUAAAAGUCAGCAGGACCUUCAAGUCCAGACCUGGGGCUAGAACUGGGCAUAGGACUCAUUUCAGGAGUUGUGGGGGAGUGUCUGACUAUUCAUCACAUACAGUUCAGAAUGUUUAUUUUAGAUCAGCUUUUGAUUCUAGCCUUUAUUUUCUUUCUUCUGCAUGCUCACAAUACCAAGCUUUAAAUGUAUUUUACUAACUAAAAUUUUCUGAAAGAAAGUCAGCUAACUCUGAUGAAAACUAGCUUUCCUUGAAAAUCAGGCAACAGAGAGAUGCUCCAGAUCAUACAUACUCCAUUUUCUCUCAGAAGGCUGACCUUCCUCCUUAGGAAGGAGCAAGUUAAGGAAAAAGUUUUGGUAUGGAUUCAUGUUUCUGACCUAAAAAAAUAAACCGGAAUUGAAUUUGAUAGAAUAGCACUAGAAGAAUUUCCCUUCUGUGAAAGGAGAAGUGACAGAUAGGUGGAGUUUGGUUUUGUCUUGUUAAUAUGGAAAGCACAGAGGAGUUUUCAUUUAUUUUCAAUUAUAAAGUCAGAAGACUUGUGAAGUUCUCUCUUAAUAAAUUUAUUUAAUACCAUA